AUAAAUCGAAAAUAAUAUUGAAAUCGUAAUGAAUUGCAUUUAAAAUCCAAGGAAUUUAUUAAUAACAUAUCAAUAGACAUCUGCACAACAAAUAUCAUCACAUAACGAUUAUUUUAGUGAAACGAAGUAAAGGAAAAGAAAAACAAAAACAAGAAUAACGCUCAUAGGUAUAAAGUAAUUUAAAGAGAACUACAAAAACAUGAAUUCGAAAGUUGGCUCAUUGGAGGAAAAAGUGAAAUUACCGCCGACCGAGACCAUCAGCCGUUGCUAUCAGCCGCAGGGUAACCGUAAGGUUAUUCGCAUUCUAACUGUAGCCGUCUAUGUGUUGUGUGUUUCCCUGGCGGCAAUAAUGCUUUCCCUCUAUUACAUUUUCAUAUGGGAUCCAACAAUACGCCCAUUUGUGACGAAAGGAAAUAGCUGCGAUAAAAUUGUGAUACCCGAAAAAAUUGCUAUUCGUUUAAUUAAUUCAUCUGAAGUAACGGCCGAUCAGUUCUAUAAGCAUAUACUUGAACAGUAUCGCAUAUUGAAUCAAUUACAAUUGCAACGUCAACAAUUUCUUCAAAAUCAACAUAAACAAUUGCAACAAUUGGCUGCCUCGGGCAAUAAUAAAUUUCAAGAAAUAUUCGCAACAGCGACAAUAAUACAAUCAAAUCCUAAUGAUCGAAUAAAUAAGCCUGUUACCCCAACCAAUGGUACAUUCCUUUUAGAUGCGGCCAGACAAACGACCCUCCUAGAUUCUGAGCGCAUACCCUUAGGGAUAGCUGAAACUGAACCCGAAAUUACGGAAUUAAGACCGAUUGAAACUCUUCCAAUUUUGGAUACGCUGCCUGCUUACGUUAAAAGAAAGUCGCAUCGCAAACAUAUUCAGCAUCAUCGACGAAAUCGCAAUCAUCAGAAAAGUGAAAAAGACGAGGCCGACGCAUUGGACAAGAAUUCAAAAUAUGCAGAGGCAGCUCUAAAUCCACCCAGUUCAAUAAUUCAAGAACCAGUGUAUACCUCGAUACCUAUACCCUUGAUUCUAAAUUCAAAGGAAGAUAAACGGCCCCAUCAUAAUCACAAUCAUGGCGGUCGCGGCCAUAGUGAAAAACGUAUUAGCAAAUCUUUGGCAAAGAAACGGCCGACAUUACCGACUGUCUCCGGUUACGAUGCCCAAUCAUAUAUGAAUCCAUUUCUCAACGGUGAAUUAAUAUUUGAAAAGUAAACAUCACAUUGCCAUUAAUUGAAUACAGUCAAUAUACGCAAAAGGAACGAAGAAGAGUCAAUGAUUAAUUGGAGUUUUUUAGUCAAAACUGCAGAAAAGCUGUGUAUCCAAUAAGGACAGGGAUUCACACAUACAAAAAACAAUGUAAAUGUGAACAAUACAAGCCAUAAUGAAAAUCGAAAUUCGAUCUAUUAUUACUACUACUACUACUACUACUACUACUACAGCAACACUGCAGCAAACCGUUCUAUAAUCCAUAUGAUCAACACAGAUUAAUACAUAUAUGUAUAUAUAUAUAUAGAUAUAUAUAUAUAUGUAUAUAUAUAUGUAUAUAUAUAUAUAUGUGUGUACAUACUAAAUAACGUAACAUACGUCUUGUAAAAGUGCAUGUGUAUGUGCAGAUGUAUGGAUGCAUACAUGUGUGUGUGUAUAUAUAUGUAUGUAUGCGCGUAUCUUUACGUAUAUGCAACAUACAUAUAUUUAAUAAUUUACAUUAAUAUUUAGUGAAAUUUAGCGAAAAGUAUAUACAAAAUCCGCAUAGAAAACAAAUUUAGUAGAAAAUUUAUAAUAAAUUGAAAAAAAGAAAAAAAAAAAA